CGAGAAGAAGAAGCUUUUGGUGGGCUCUACGAGGCAGAGAAACCUCACCUGGUAUUAUUGUCGAUGGUGGCCGCUUCGGGUCUCGGGAAGCCGCCGCCGCAGCCGGCGAGGGAGGAGGGGAUGCUAGGGUUGUCGCCGCCGGUGGUGGCCGUGGCGGCGGAGGAGUCGUUGUCGGACGCGGAGACAGCGUCUUCUUCUUCAACGACGGCGGCGGGGGGAGCGCCGAACUCGAGCCUGAGCUCCGGCAGCAGCAGCAGCAGCGGCCGCAGCCUGGCGCGCUGCUCCAGCUGCCUCUCCCGCCUCUCCUUCUCCAGCUCCCCUUCCGCCUCCCUCGCGUCACCGGCCCGCCCGCACCGCUCGUCCGACCCAGCCUGGGCCGCCAUCCGCGCGGCCUCCCUGAAAUCCCCGCUCGGUCCGGCAGACUUCAAGCUGGUCCGGCGCGUGGGCGGCGGCGACAUCGGCACCGUCUACCUCUGCCGCCUCCUCCUCCCCCACGGCGGGACCUCGAGCUCGAGCCCGCCGUGCGUGUACGCGAUGAAGGUGGUGGACCGGCGGCGGCUGGCGGGGAAGAAGAAACCCGAGCGGGAGCGGCGCAUCCUGCGGCGGCUGGACCACCCGUUCCUCCCGACCCUCUUCGCCGACUUCGACGCCGCGCCGCACCUCUCCUGUGCCGUCACCGAGUUCUGCCCCGGCGGCGACCUCCACUCCCUCCUCCUCCGCCGCCGCCGCCUCCCCCUCCCCUCCGCCCGGUUCUACGCGGCGGAGGUGUUGGCGGCGCUGGAGUACCUGCACAUGAUGGGGAUCGUGUACCGGGACCUCAAGCCGGAGAACGUGCUCAUCCGGGCCGACGGCCACGUCAUGCUCACCGACUUCGACCUCUCGCUGCAGUCCUCCUCAUCGCCCUUCGUCCUCGAUGACGAUGAGGACGAGCAGCCGGCGACCAGCUGCUUCCCGCGGCGGCGGCGGAAGAAGCGAGAGCCGAGGAUGGUGGUGGCGGAGCCGGUGGCGGCGAGGUCGAGGUCGCUGGUGGGGACGCACGAGUACGUGGCGCCAGAAGUGGCCUCCGGGGGUACCCAUGGCGCCGCCGUCGACUGGUGGGCCUUGGGCGUGCUCCUCUACGAGCUCCUCCACGGCCGCACCCCCUUCGCCGGCGCCGACAACGAGGCCACCCUCCGCAACGUCGUCUCCGCCCCCCUCGCCUUCCCUCCCUCCGGCUCCCUCUGCGGCGGAGCCAUGGACGCCGCCAUGGCGGACGCGAGGGACCUCAUCGCGCGGCUGCUGGCCAAGGACCCCGCGGCGAGGCUCGGGGCGCGGCGGGGCGCCGCCGACGUCAAGGCGCACCGGUUCUUCAGGGGGGUCAACUUCGCGCUGCUCCGGUCCGCGCGCCCGCCCCUGGUUCCCAGCGUCCCCGGCGGCGGCCCGGUGCGGCGGUCGCAGUCGUGCAAGGCGCCGCCGCGGCCGGAGCCCGGCCGCUUCGACCUCUUCUGAGCCGGAUCGACGAGCGGCAGCCGUAGAGAGACAGAGAGAGAGAGAGAAACGAACGCCGUAAUUACUCUACGGUUAACCCAUCUAUAGUGCUGUUAAUUACCCUGCCGCAAUCACUAAUUACUUACUACUCCUAGUAGCUCUAUUUAGUGUAGCUCAGCUAGCGUGUGCAUGCAGGCAUUCAGUGACCUAAGCUCGCACUAGCCGUUGUAAUCGUAUAAUCAACUGGUGCUACCAGUACGUCCAAAAUUAGGUACUCCGCGUACCCUUGUACUAGCUUGCUAA